AUGGCUAUCCACAAACAUAAAAAUAAAAUUGAAACUCAGCAGGAUUUAUCUCCUCACGCCGCAACCUCACUCGAGCACGAGUCAAGAGAAAAGAAGCGCGGCGCCGGCACCCGCAAGGACGAGGUGGUGACCCGCGAGUACACCAUUAACCUCCACAAGCGCCUCCAUGGAUGCACCUUCAAGAAGAAAGCACCAAAUGCCAUCAAGGAGAUCAGGAAGUUUGCACAGAAGGCCAUGGGAACUACUGAUGUCCGGAUUGAUGUGAAGCUCAACAAGCACAUCUGGAGCAGUGGUAUCCGGAGCGUUCUAAGGCGAGUCCGUGUCAGAAUCGCCCGCAACAGGAACGACGAGGAAGAUGCCAAGGAGGAACUCUACUCUCUGGUCACAGUUGCUGAGAUCCCUGCAGAGGGUCUCAAAGGUUUGGGUACUAAGGUUGUUGAGGAUGAGGAUUAA